AUGUCGUGGCGGGCACGUUUCACGCCAAGUGUGGCGUCACUUACCGUAUGGCUGAAUCCGAAGGACCCGAACUGCUUUGGCGUGCGUAACUGGUGGCGCAACAACCUCCCAGAGCUGCAGUUGCUUAACCCGUCCUGCACUUUUACCAUCCAGGAGCUGUCAUUUGGCGAGCCGCACAUGUACAUCAACUACACCCCUACGGACCAGCGAAUGAUCCGUCUGGCAGGCGCCACAGAGGAGGAGUGUGAGGAUAUUAUGGAGGCAUGCAUUACUUACGGCAUGAACCAUGCCGUUAUUGAACGCCCGCGCACUGAUGAUGGCGGUGACUUGGUGAACCAGCCCGCCAUCAUUUCAUUUGGCUACACGGAGAGUUUCAUGUCCAAGCUUGAAGUAUCUCCUCCAGCAGAAAUAGGUCAGCGGACACCGGAGGGUGUGGACGACCCCGGCCAGAAACCCCGCAUGUACCCUCGGAAUGUCGGCUGCAAGCUCAUGCCGUAA